CUUGAUGUUUCAGACGGACUUAUUUUGAGACGCACGCAAUAUAGAUGAGAGUCUUUACGGUAGUUUUGAUUGAUAAGGCUUAUUUUAGUCUUACUGUUUAUUAUUUUUGUAACAUAUUGCAAACAAUGCAGACAUAAGGACCUUUAACACAAGGAAAGAUGCUCUCUCUGCAACCUCGACAGUGGCUUCGACCUUGGGCUCAAUUGUGUACUUGGCCUCGACAGACAGUUCACAAGUUAGCCUCGCUACAAGAGGCUAGAGUUCUAUUCCCAAACAAAGUCAAACGCUUGCUUUACCCUUUUACAGAUAUAGAGGAGUACCUGGAGAGCUCUGUGGAUAGAACACAGUUCCAACUCUUUCAUCCCUGUGUUGAUGAUGUUCUAAAAGCUGAGAGGCUCUUCUGCCCAUCACCUUCUCAUAAAAUUGAUUAUUAUAUGUCAGCAGAGAGGAUGGACCACUCACCUGCACUGAAACAACCAGAGGUGUGUUUCAUUGGCCGAAGCAAUGUGGGAAAGUCAUCUCUUAUCAAAUCUCUUUUUUCCUUGAGUCCCAAUGUGGAAGUCAGAAUCUCCAAAACCCCUGGUCACACAAAAAAGAUGAAUUUCUUUAGGGUGGGCAGGGCUUUCACCAUCGUGGACAUGCCAGGUUAUGGACAUCGAGCACCUAGCGAUUUCGUGGUUAUGGUCGAACCAUAUCUCUACUCAAGAAAGAAUCUUGUGAGGACAUUCUUGUUGGUGGAUGGCAGUGUUGGACUGCAAAAGACUGAUCACAUUGCCCUUGAGAUGUGUGAAGAGACGAGAAGUCCAUAUGUGAUGGUGGUGACUAAGAUUGACAAAUGUGGUCGUAGCUCACUACUGAAAAACCUUAUGAAUUUUCAAAAUGUGAUUACAACACAGACCUCGAGCUGCUUCCCCCAGCCCUUUUUGGUCAGUUCCCUCAAAUUUUCUGGGAUCUACAUCCUGAGAUGCUUCAUUGCUCAUAUAACAGGAAAUAUCCAGUUAACAGACACCUCUCAAAACUGAUUCUUCACAAGCUUUGUCUCAGUUGAGUUUUUUUUUUAUUGCUCUCUCUCUUGUGCAAUGUCUUUUCAGGUUUGAAGACAUACGUGUGUUUUUAAUGAUGAAAUUCUUUAACAAAAACAUCGCAGACCCAAAGUAUCCUUCUGGAAUGAGCUACUAAAUAUUCUGAGCAAAAUAAAUAUUGCAUGUUGUUAUUAUUUUCUGUUUCAUAGAUGAUUCAUUGAAUAAAAAAUCACACUUGAAAAGCACAA